CGCGCUGACGUAACGCGCCGACGCUGCGCUCAAGGAGUCUUCGCCCGCCCGGCAGCAGUUUGACUGUCGGGGCGGCGCUUCGGCUUGUGAGGGUUGCUGCGAGGCCGUAGGAAAGGGCAGCCCCUUGCGGCCUCCUCCCGGUCCCAGAUGGACAGGGUGUGCGCCGUGUUCGGAGGCUCCCGGGGCAUCGGCAGGGCGGUGGCCCGCUUGAUGGCCCAGAGAGGCUACCGACUGGCCAUCGUCGCCCGGAAUCUGCAAGGAGCCAGAGCCGUGGCUGGGGACCUGGGUGGAGAUCAUUUGGCAUUGAGCUGUGAUGUUGCCAAGGAACAGGAUGUUCAGAGUACCUUUGAAGAGAUAGAGAAAAAUUUAGGUCCAGUUAAUUUCUUGGUUAAUGCAGCUGGAAUUAACAGGGAUAACCUCUUAGUUAGGACAAGCACUGAAGAUAUGCUGUGUCAGCUUCAGACUAACCUCUUGGGUUCCAUGCUGACGUGUAAAGCUGCUGUGAAGACCAUGAUUAAGCAACAGGGAGGGUCCAUUGUGAAUAUAGGAAGUGUUGUUGGUUUAAAAGGCAAUCCUGGCCAGUCUGUGUACAGUGCCAGUAAAGGAGGACUAGUUGGAUUCUCACGGGCUCUUGCUAAAGAAGUAGCGAAAAAGAAAAUUAGAGUGAAUGUAGUUGCACCAGGGUUUGUUCACACAGACAUGACAAAAGACUUGAAGGAAGAACAUUUAAAGUCAAAUAUCCCUCUUGGACGGUUCGGAGACCCCCUUGAUGUGGCCCACGCGGUUCUGUUUCUCUUGGAGUCUCCGUACAUCACGGGACAUGCCCUAGUGGUGGAUGGGGGGCUGCAGCUCACCAUGUAGCCGGGGUCAAGGGCACACUCCGGCUGUGGAUGGGACGGUCACACCUGCAUGUGCUGAUCAGACCUAUUGAUGUCCAUCUUCCUGUGAGUAUGUCUGUAGAGAGCCAUGUCUGACCGCUUGUGCUUUCUUAAUGAUCUGUACCUUCUGGGCAGCAGUGUUAGUGUACUGUUGCCCUGGGUGUUGGCGGGGAUUGGCUCUAGGAUCCCCACAGUCAUCACGUGAUUCGGUCCUUAUACAGAAUGGCUACAUAGUGUCUGAAUAUAACCUAUGUAUACUAUAAAUCAUCAAUAGAUUACAGUGUAAUACCUAAUACGGUGUAAAUGCUGUAUAAGUAAUUUUUGUUCAAAUAUUUUCUAUCCAUGGUUGGUUGAAUCCAUGGAUGUGGAAGCCAUGGAUGCAGAGACUAACUGUGUAGACAUUUGGCAAGUGAUAAAACAGGUAUUAAUUUAUGUAUUUUGUUACAAAGUGGGAAAAAUUAUAUGGUCUAGUUGUCAUUAGUGUUUCACUGUAUCAGAUUGAAAACUGUAGAAGUUAAGCUUGACUUGAAAACUCUAGACGUUAAGUUAAACUUGUCAGAGUAUUCACAGUUGAGAGUACCUUCACAACCCUGCUGGAGUUAAACACUCUUUCUUUUGCAUUUACCUUGGAUAGUCAGUUGUUAGACGGUUGAAAAAAAACCAUUUCAGACGUUGGGUUGGGGGGGUGGUCUCGUGUCUUUGAGUGGCAUUACUCCUCCUCAGUCAUCUGGGCUGCAUGAUCUACAAAUUCAAGUGUGAGCAGUUGACCCAUCCUAUAGUGUUUCUCAGAGAUGGUAAGGAUUAACCCUUAAGGCUUUACUGUCUGGUACAGUUACGAGCUGCAUAGAUUGCAUCAACUUCAGAAGUAGAAGUGGUGGUGUUUUUUAAAUGCACAAAACACUCAAUUUAACAGGCAACUUAAAAAUAGCAUAACAAACAAUUUUAAAAGUUAAGAGUAUUUUGCAGUCAUGGAUAAUGAUUCUUACCUGAAAUUUUAGAAAAAUAAUUACUUGUAAACAUUCAUAGAUAAAUAUGCAAUAACAAGGAGUUAAAUGUCUUUACUUAGAAGGAACAAUUAAAGCAUUAGUCUUAAAAGAAAAUGUUUGGGAAUUCCUUUAUGGCACAGUUAAGGGUCCGGCAUUGUCACUGCUGUGGCAUGGGUUCACUUCCUGGCCUGAGAACUUCCACUUGCUGAGGGUAUAGCCAAAAAAGAAAAAAGAAAAUGUUUCCCUCAGAUUAGAGAUAAAGAUACAAACUGUGAAUGAAACGACAAACGACAUCUGUUUUGCAUUGAACUCCUUGGUAGGGAAUAGUGUGAUAUUUUAAGUGUCACUGGGUUCAUGUUGAUUUUUACCAUUUAAAGAUGUUUUAACUACUGCAUUUUAAAAAGUAAUCUUUUACAGUUUAAUUGGAGCUGAACAUGAUUUUAUAUUGAAAGUGCAAAAUUAUGAAUAGGUUAUAUUAAAUAUAUGUAAAGUAAUAAAAAUGUAAAGUACUAAAGUCA